AGGCAGUACCAGGGAAAUAAUUGUAAACACGGACAUUGGACCGACGUACGUAGACUAAAUCUAGGCGGCUCCAGAUAUUGCGGUAAAUCUCUAGAAAUUUCGAAUUUUGAUUAUAUAAAUGCGGGAAAGGUGAUUCAGUGUUAUUUUGUCAGAUUGCUUGCCAGUGGAGUAUAUUUAAGUCAAGUGCAUCAAGGCUGCAGUUAACGUAUUCUCCUAAAAUUCUAUUCACUAACUUCUGGAUUCGUUGAGCUGUUGAGUGAGUGACAAAUCUGUGCCUGUGGCUGUGGCAGUAGUGCGCUGUAUUAAAACCCGCUGCAUGCUGUAUGAUGAUGUGGUGAAAUUGUGUUUUGGGGAUUUUUUCCACCGAAAUUGGUUGUUUAGUAGCCUCAUCAGUCAGUCUCUUCAAAUUGAAUUGGAAACUUGUCGAGGGAGACCCUUUGCCCUCAGCCGGCGACAAUGGGUAAGGAUUACUACAAGGUCCUGGGCAUCGGCCGCAAAGCUACGGAGGAAGAAAUCAAGAAGGCCUACCGCAAGAUGGCCCUUAAGUACCACCCAGACAAGAACAAAGCCAAAGGCGCCGAGGAGAGGUUCAAGGAGAUCUCGGAGGCGUACGAGGUCCUGAGCGACAAGGAGAAGCGGACCAUCUUUGAUAAGUACGGCGAGGAGGGUUUGAAGGGGAACGCUGGUCCCGCGCCCGGAUCCGGCAACUUCAAAUCCUGGUCCUACCACGGGGACCCCAACGCGACCUUCCAGAGCUUCUUUGGUGGACAGGACCCUUUCAAGGUAUUCAUGAACUUCGGCGGGCAAGGUGGCAGCGGUGGCCACCGCACCGUGUUCUCAUCAACCGGCGGGGAUCCCAUGGAAAUAGAUGACGAUUUUGGUUUUUCCGGCUUUGGGAUGCCCGGGAUGUCUGGCAUGCCCGGAAUGUCGGGGAUGCAGGGUAGAGCCCCCAAACGCCAGGACCCUUCAGUGCACCACGAUCUCAGGGUAUCGCUAGAGGACAUUAACACGGGCUGCACCAAGAAGAUGAAAAUCUCGCGGCGGGUGCUGAACUCAGACGGCCGCACCACAAAAUCAGAAGACAAAGUACUGGAAAUCAACGUCAAGCCAGGCUGGAAGGCCGGCACCAAAAUCACAUUUCCCAAAGAAGGGGACCAGUAUCGGGACCGAAUACCGGCAGACAUUGUGUUCACAUUAAAGGACAAACCUCACCACCAUUUUAAGAGGGACGGGAGUAACUUACACUACAAAGCCAAGAUUUCACUCAAAGAGGCUCUAGUCGGCACAACCUUGCGAGUGCCGUCGAUCAAAGGCGGCACCAUAUCAGUGCCGUGCAGAGAGAUCAUCAAGCCCAGCUCGGUCAAACGGGUGAGUGGGGAAGGACUACCCUACCCCAAGCAGCCCUCGCGGAGAGGCGACAUGCAGAUCAGCUUCGACAUCGGCUUCCCCGAGUACCUCAACAGCUCCACCAAGGAGGUGCUAUCUGACUGUCUCCCAUGAGGAGCCAACGCUGCAGAGCCAUCGGAGCAAAGGCUGCGUUCGCACUGCAUUUUUAAAAAUUGUUUGGAAAGUUUUUGUAAUUGUGCCAGUAGGCAAAUCUGUCAUGGGAAACAGAGGCCGCGUUGUUUUAAAAUUAGAUGCUUUUUUUGGAGAAAUUUGUUUUUACAAAUCAUGCGCUGUUCGCACUGGACUUUUCUGAUUUGGUCAAAAAAUUAAAAAUAGCCUGUGAAUUUGUCUUGCAGAAAUUGAUCUUUUACACCAAGGAACGCAUGUCCUAGGCUGUACACAUUGGACACGAAGUUGGCAACGUUGCCAGAUUUUUUUAUUCCCUUUGCCCAAAAGUCCAGUGACAACGCAAUGUAGAAAGUUACUAUGCAAGGCAACAGCUUUCUGUAGUACUUACAUAUUUUCCAAAUUUGAUGACUGCAUACAAUGUACUGCUCAUUAGAAAAAUCCAGUCGUUAUAAUUUCUAUGAUGUUUAUACAUUAAGGGGUCUAGUAUGUUCGCAUUUUUCAGAUUUGGCCGUUAUACUAUAUCACUUGCCAGUUUUGUUCACUGCCAUUUUAACUAGUUCACGUCGGAUGACGUGUAUACACGCAAAGGUUUUGCGGUAUUGGGAACGGGUGACAGAUAAACACGAAACGAGCGAGGCCGGAAAUAUCUGUCUACGACCCAUUGCAGCAAGCGAGGCCGCAAAUGUCAGGAUGUGCUACCCGCAGAUGGUGGCCUGAACCCGUCUGGCAUCGAGGUUCGUGAAAAACAAUCCUGUGCCUGGGUCCAUUCAAUGUCAAAAUUAUCUCGGCGUGAACUCACUUUUCCAAAACACAACUAAAACUUCUUUUUGUGUGUUUUUGAAAUUUUGUAUAAAAGAAAGAUUUCUUUUCAGGCUUUCUGGUAUAAGUCAAAGAAAAGUUUCAUUUUAAAUGAACUGGAAAAUAUUUAUGGCAGUACACAUCCAAAAACGUCAUAAGUGUUAAAAAGUAGCAUUACAUCUGCUUUGAUUUUGACUUGAUUAUAUUGAGUACUCUCUUGGCUAAGUAAUGUCAUUCUGUGUAAAACGGAGACUUUGGGGACAUUGAGAAAGCCUUCUUUUGUUUUCGUUACAACUUGGAGGAAUUUGAGGUUUCAGAAACGCAAAUCAUGGUUGGUUUGGAAAUGGGAAGCACUUUUCAUAAGCGAUGGAACAUGGGUAUUUCUAGUUUCAUGGUGAACUGAGUAUUAGCAGUUCUAGUAUGAAAGGUGUGAAAUUCAUGUACGUCACAGAGCAAAUUUGAUAUCUAAUUAAUGAUUCAGAGAAAUGAUCCAAAACUCCUAGUCUGUAAUCUCCUUGACCAUUAUUAGAUUUUCAUCUUUUUAGUCUCCGUAACUAUCUCCAAAAGUCUUCUUUUUGAUGGUACUGAACAAAAGAUGAGGAGUUUGUUAGCCGUCAUAAUUUAUAUUAUUUAUAAAUUCUGAAAUCUGAUUAAAAAUAGGAAACAAAAGAACAAUUGUAUUAAGCCAAAUACAAAUUAACUGUGGCAUAUUGCCGAAAAAAAUGUAUAUUACUAUGUACAUGUAUAUUUUGUUUUAUAGAGAUUUACUAAAUUUAAAUUAGAAAACUGCUAAAUUGCUGCAGCAAUAUUUUAGGGAUUGUUCACAUUUAAGAAAAAAUGUAAAGAAAUAUUCAAAGGUUUUUUUCGGCGUUAACAGUACGACUUGUUUAACUGUAAACUACCUGUAACCUUUCGUAUCGUGGGUGGAUUAAAAAUAUAAGUAACAAUAAAAUAAAUGAACAUUUUUAUUUUCAGCUGAAAAAUGCAAAGUUUUUGUCUACAGAGCCUUUAGUAGAAGUAUUUGUGAAAAAGAAAUAUAUUUAGUUGAUGAGGGAUUUCCUGUUUCCUUUGCGGUUUAGCAAUGCACAAAACAAGUGCGCUUAAAAAAGCUUAAAAGUUUUUGUAGACUCUGGAGAUGAGCCAAUGAAUGAGGAUGAUUCACGCUGGUACCAUCCUGUGCUGUGGUUGACAUAGUUAUUUAAUUAUAGCAUGUAAUGGUCAGUCUCAUCUGUAUCAAGAAGAGUGCACAAAUCGUCGGUAGCACCAACGAAGUGACGUAUCAUGUGCACAAAGUCCAUAGACGAUACGUCACUUCGUGGUGCGACCGACGAACUAAGGCACUUCUCGUGUGCAUAAUGUACGUAUAGAUUGUUUGCGCGGCGGCCAUGUUUGGGGUGUGCGCUUUUGUUCAACAGGGAUAUGUAUGAGUGGACUUCUUAUUACUGAAUUCCUUGUUAUUGAAUUGACACAAAAUGCUUCAUAGAUGAAUGCAUUUCAACUUUUCAUCCUUUCAUCCUGUCACUGUGGGGUUCAACAUUUUGGAUAUAUCAUUGUGAGAACAUUACUUGGAUUUGCUUUUUGCACAUGUGAUGAAUUUUUGGUUACAAAAAAAAAAGUACAAAUAAGAAAAGAUAUUGAAAGAGAACACAGUUAAAAUGAUGUGAUAUAUAAAAAAAAAGCAGUCUGUGUGUAUCCUCCUGGCUUUCUUUGAUCUUUGAAAACUCUACGAAAAUUUCAUUCAAAAUCUUGACCACCCUUUCAAAUUUCAACUCUAUACUGCUGUUUUGUUAGCCUUUACUCCGAAACAAGUAAACAAGUCUGGAUGGAAUUUUAUGUUGCUUGUGAAAAAUGAAUAUUUAAUUUUGACUGAAAUAACGAAGAAAACCAGCCAAUAAGUCCAAGUUUCUUUCCUUAGCACAGGAUUUUUUCUUGUUAUUAUAGUAAAUGUUGUGCGACUUGUGCUUGAUUUAUGACGUCACAUUUGGUGCUGAAAAUGCAUGACAAUUUACUAACAUUGAGAGCAAAUAGAGUCUAAAUGAGUCUAUGUGGCAUUGUGUCAGUUUCACUUAUUUUAGUUUUCUCAUUUAGUUUAUCUGUAACUGAAAAAUAAAAACCCAAUAUUUUGUAUGUAUUUAUUUGAUGUUUAAUCUAUGUGUAUCAUAUAGCAGGAUUGUUGAAUUUAAUAAAACUUAUUUUUUUGGUACAAAU